AUGCCUCCCAGGGGGCAACAGCACUCUCCUGAGCUUUGGGCCCAAAUUCUGGCACUUUGGGAUCUUGGUCUUACAAUCUACAAGAUAGCUACUCAACUUGACAUUCCUCCCUCCACUGUCCAGGUCUGGUUGCUCAUGCAAACUCAGAUCUUGAAGGAGGAGCUUUGUGGGACCAUGGCUGACCUCUCUAUCCCUGUUUGUUGCACUGUCUCUCAACAUGACAAUGACCCAAAGCAUACAGCCAAGGUUACUCAAGAGUGGCUCAAUACCCAACAGCUCUCAGUACUCCCCUGGCCAGCAAAUAGCCCAUAUAUGAAUAUCAUUGAGAAUGUCUGGGACUACCUUGACCAUUGUGGGCGCAUGAGGCAUCAAUUACCAAUGCAUGCCAAUGAUCUCUGGGCCAUUCUCCAGGAGGAGUGGGAGUGUAUUCCACAGGCAUAUAUUGACAAACUCUAUGAUUCUAUGACAGAAAGAGUGCAGGAGGUCAUUGAUAGGAAGGGUGGUAAUACUUGUUAUUAG